UUCUGUUAUUUUAUUUAUUAAAGAAAUUUAUAAUUGGGUUAUCGCUCCCAGUUAUGGUUAUUAUUUGUGUCAAAAUCCUUUCUUGUUUAUAUAAACUUGACCCUUCACCGCACCAUCCCAUCUUAAACGUCGUUUAGUCAUCCAGAACAACAGGUGGCGCUAUUGAUCCUUUUUUCCCAUCCUCUCUGGUCCGUUUUGUGUUGGUAACAAAAUAACUGGAAGACGAAUAAAAUUUUUUAUAAAGUUUUGCAAGAAUCAAAGAACCUUUUUAAUAUUUUUAAAUCAGGAGUUCAGAGAUGGAGCUGCAGCUUCCUCCUCACGAGGGAGUCGAGCUCUCUGUGGUCGACAUGCACACAGGAGGGGAACCUCUCCGCAUCGUUGUCGCCGGCUACCCAGAGGUCAGAGGUGACAGCGUGCUCUCCAAGCGCAGGUACGCCCGCGAGCACCUGGACCACCUCAGGAAGGUGCUGAUGUUCGAGCCCCGGGGUCACUACGACAUGUACGGGGCCUUGAUCGUGGACAGCGAGAUCCCCGAGGCCGACCUGGGGGUGCUGUUCAUGCACAACGAGGGCUACAGCACGAUGUGCGGACAUGCCGUCAUCGCCCUGGGUCGCUUCGCCGUGGACUACAAGCUGGUGAAGGAGCCGCGCUCGCCAGAGACGCAGGUGAACAUCCACUGCCCCUGUGGGCUGGUGAAGGCCUUUGUGGAGUACUCUGCUGGUAAAACAGGAGCGGUGAGGUUUCUGAGCGUGCCGGCGUUUGCCUUUGCAACAGAUGUGACGGUGACAGUGGAAGGAUUUGGUGAGGUGACGGUGGACAUCAGCUACGGGGGAGCUUUUUACGCCUUUGUUGAUGCACAGAGGUUUGGUCUGGAUGUGAAGCGGUCCAAGACUCAGGUUCUGGUGGACGCAGCAACGGCGGUGACUAGAGCUGUCAAAUCCCAGGUGAAACUGCACCAUCCAGUUAGCGACGACCUGGCGUUCCUUUACGGCACCAUCCUCACAGACGGCAGAGACCAGUUCUCGCCCGAGCCCACCGCCAACAUCUGCGUAUUCGCCGAAGCUCAGGUGGACCGAAGCCCUACUGGCUCAGGUGUUACAGCUCGAGUUGCUCUUCAGUACCACAAAGGUCUCAUCCAGCUGAACCAGACCAGGACGUUCCAGAGCGGCGCCACCGGAUCCCAGUUUACGGGAAAAGCUGUUGAGGAGACCAGAUGCGGCGACUUCAGGGCAGUUGUGGUGGAAGUAGCCGGCCGAGCUUUCUACACCGGGGUUUCACGCUUCGUACAGGAGCCGCAAGACGAGCUGGCCCACGGGUUUCUGCUAAAGUGAAUGUUGUCACUAGAAGUGAAAUCCCCUUAGAAAAUACAGGGAACCGACCACUAGGUGGAGCCAGAGGUCAGGUUGAUAUGAGCGUCAAAGAUUUUGCGGUGUGAGAUGUUCAGCUACAGAUUUUUAACCGAAACAAAUGUUAAAGUUGAAUAAACACAGAACUCAAACGUAAUUUCUCCCAUUUAUUAUUACUAUUAUUAUCCGAUCAAAUGGAAGGCAGUAUUUAAAUUAUAAAAGUUGAGUGGGGAUGUUUUGACGCUGGAUCGAUUCACAAAGCUGAAAUUCAAAUACAAAAGUUACCUAUACAUGGGUUUUUAAAUGCAUUGUAAGUCCAGCCAGUGUGCUGAAAACAUACUUAAUUUGUUCAAAUAAAGACAUUAAAGUGGGGCAACUCUCAUUAUGGGUAGGGAAAUAUAGUUCAAGAAUUGUUUUCUGUUCUUAAAAUGGCAUUUAGCAUAAGAAUUAUACAUUUCUAUGUGUGUGUGUGAAAGCACACACCCUUAUAUUUGGAUAUAUGCUGUUUAUGACAUGAGUGUUCACACAUGUUGAGAGGCUGCAGGUUGUGAGAGUACCCCACCCAACAAAGAAAAACCAACACAGUCAAGGCCAGCUCUUAACAGGAGAAUGUUCAAAUGAAACAUAUACACACACAUAUAUAAUAAAUGCUCCCCAUCAGUAAUGAAUAGAAAAAUCCCUGCUUCUCUAUUACUUUCAGUUUGUGUCCCAACAACGCAGAGUCUCAGUCCUCUGAUGUUUCUGCAGCAGCAGAGCAUCAAGUCUGUCUGGGACACCACAGGUAGCAGAACCUGGCCGCCUUUCGAUCCAUGAAAUAAGUCUGUACAAAAUGGCCUCUCCCGGCUCCGGAUGAGUCUAAAAGCUGCACGUUUCAGUUUUGUGCAUAGAUUCCGAUGUAGAAAAGCAGCACGAAAAGGGAUCUUAUCAAACAAUCGCAAGCAUCUCCCACACCUGGAGGGAGGCUGUUCUCCAGCUUUGUCUGAACAAGCUGAUCUGAUUUGGUCAAAGUUUAAUCAGCGUUUGGUUUCCGCCCCCUCUCAUAUGGCAAUCUAACAGAAUAAGAUAAAAAAAAAAAAA